AUGACGAUCUGGAUGUCGUGUUUGCCUCUUCCUCUAAGUGCGGAAAGGAUAAGACCAAGUCUGUCUCUUCCACCAUCUUCUUCCACUGUGACCCCCUGGUGAGGGAUGGGAUUCCUGAGUUCAGUCACGAGACUGCCGACUGCCAGUACCUGUUCUCGUGGUACACCUCAGCCGUGUGUCCUUUGGAGGUGGGCUUUGACAACGAGAGUCCUGGGGACAGCAGGCCGGCGCACAAGGGGCUCUCCGAGCGGAGCCAGGCGGUCGGGGCAGUCCUCAGCCUGCUGCUGGUGGCACUGACUGGCUGCCUGCUGACGCUGCUGCUCUACAAAAAGGAGAGGAGGGAAAUAAUGAUGAAUAAACUAACGAAUUGCUGUAGAAGAAGUUCAAACGUGUCCUACAAAUACUCAAAGGUGAACAAGGAAGAAGAGACAGAUGAGAAUGAAACUGAGUGGCUUAUGGAAGAGAUCCAGCUGCCUACCCCGAGACCGGGGAAGGAGGGCCAGGAGAACGGCCAUAUCACCACCAAGUCCGUGAAAACCGAGGCCCUUGGCUCUCUGCAUGGGGAUGACCAGGACAGCGAGGAUGAGGUUCUGACCAUCCCAGAGGUGAAAGUUCACUCGGGCAAGGGAGAAAGCUCCCACCCGGUGAGAAACACACCAAGGAAGGCCCUCCAGGAGCGGGAGGACGACAGGGCAGGGCUGGUCGGGGGUGAGAAGGUGAGAAAAGGGGGGAAGCCCAGGCCUGCACAGAAGACGGUGGCCUCCAGCCAGCUGGUGUCCUUCCAUGACGACAGCGACGAGGACCUCUUACACAUCUGAUGCCGCGGUGCCUGCCAGAGACCAUGGAGCCGCGGGACAGCCAAGCACCUCCAACCAAAUAAGACUUCCACUCGAUGCUUCUAUAAUUUUGCCUUUAACAAAAACUGUUUCAAAGGGAAGAGUUUUUGCAAUGGGGGAGAGGGUGAAGGAGGUCAGGCCCUGCUCCUUCAGGAUUGUUUACAGUCAUUGGAAGAAGGCACGGUCAUAUUGGCCACAGGGCGCUACCUCGUGCCCAGGGUUUUGCCCCAAGUUCUCAUAUAAACGCAUAAGGCCAGACGCAUCUCAGAACAGAGGGCUGUAUUUGAAAAAAACCCUUGCUGCUUUAGGCCCCAUAGGGUAUUUGAUCCCAUUAUAUUUUAGCAUUUUGAUUCUCUCCCCCUAUUUAUUGACUUUGACAAUUACUCAGGUUUGCGAAAAAGGAAAAAAGAAAACAGCUCAGUUUCUUCCUGCCUGCAGGGUUGUAACGCACCGGUUUAUCUGUUCUGAGAAGGGGAGACUGUCAGCGUGCAGACAGUUUCUUGUGGAAUUUGAAACUGGUCAUUAGUGUGUCCCCUGAGUUGGAGUACUCAUUCUGUCUCUCUUCUCUUUUGUUUUCUGUUUCUUAAAACACACGCACGCAGGGUCUCAAGUGCCCAGGUUCUGGAGGGUUCACUUGUCUAUGCCUCUAGCCAGGAAUGGCUGCAGCUUUUUGCAUGACAUCCUCCAUUCUAGGUGCACAAAGCACAUUCGUCAGUAUUUCUUUCGCCGGCUGGUGAAUUCAGACAGCCCACCCAAAGAUCGAUGCGUGUGUGUGGAUGAGUGGAGUUGAGGUGUCCGAGAAAAUCAGUUUUUUCCAGAUUUGGGGUAUAGGUCUCAUCUCUUCAGGUUCUCAUGAUACCACCUUAACUGUGCUUAUUUUUUUAAGAAAAAAAGUGUUUAUCCACCAUCCGACCUAUGAGAAGCCUUAAUUUGCACAGUGUGUGACUUUACAGAAAUUGCAUGAAAACGACGGGCCAGCACCUUGCCCUUUGCCUGGCACGUGGAUUCAUGCUGGAGGGAGGCUGAGGCAGCGACUCGGUCUGGCAGGAAGGGAGGGUGUGGCUGGUGCCGCCACCGGCGGCCAGCUCCUUCCCAGAUGCAUUUCGCGAACGACUUUUCUCGCAUUGUAGAAUUGUAUAUAGACUCAGUGGUAUUCAUAUACUGAAAAGCAAACUGUCCUGCAGAAUCCCUUGGUUUGGACCGGUUUGGCUGGCUUAUUUGAUUUCAACAUGAGUGUAUUUUUUAAAAUUGAUUUUUCUCUUCAUUUUUUUUUCCAAUCAACUUUACUGUAAUAUAAAGUAUUCAACAAUUUCAAUAAAAGAUAAAUUAUUAA